AACCUCUCGUCCUCAUUCUUUCUUUCGUUCUCUAUUCUUUCAUUCGUAUUCGUUCGUUCAUUCAUUCAGCUGCGACCGCUCCCAAAAUCAAUCAAUAUAUAUAGGUUCUCGUCGAUGGAAGGGAACGGCAUCGUCGCCAGCGUGAUAAGGAGCGGCUCGGCGUGGCGGAGCACCAGCGCCCGCAGCGAUGUGUUCUCUCGGUCCUCGAGGGACGAGGACGACGAGGAGGCCCUCAAGUGGGCAGCUCUUGAGAAGCUGCCCACGUACAGCCGAGUUCGGAAGGGGAUCCUCACGGGGUCGACGGGCCAAGGGAGGGAGAUCGACGUCGGGGAGCUGGGUGUCGGGGAGAAGAAGAAGCUCAUGGAGAGGCUCGUCCGGGUUGCCGAGGAGGAUAACGAGAGGUUCUUGCUCAAGCUCAAGAAUCGAUUGGACAGGGUUGGGAUCGAGAACCCAACGAUCGAGGUGAGGUUCGAGAACUUGGACAUCGGGGCAGAAGUUUACGUUGGAGACAGAGGAGUCCCUAACGCGCUCAAUUUCUUCACGAACAAGAUCGAGGGGCUGCUUAAUACUCUGCAUGUUCUUCCGAGUCGAAAGAGGACGACAGCGAUCCUCAAUGGUAUCAGCGGAAUCAUCAAGCCCGGCAGGAUGACCUUGCUUUUAGGGCCUCCAGGCUCUGGAAAGACUACUCUGCUGCUGGCUUUGUCAGGGAAACUGAACCAAGACCUGAAGGUUUCUGGCAGUGUUACUUACAAUGGGCAUGGGAUGAAUGAGUUCGUGCCUCAGAGGACGUCGGCUUAUAUAAGUCAGCAUGAUCUGCACAUUGGAGAGAUGACCGUGAGAGAGACUCUGGCUUUCUCUGCAAGAUGUCAGGGGGUGGGAACUCGAUACGAAAUGUUGACCGAGUUGUCAAGGAGGGAGAAGGCAGCAAACAUCAAACCGGAUCCCGAUAUCGAUAUGUUCAUGAAGGCUACUUCGCUAGAAGGACAGGAAGUUGUGGUCACAGACUACAUUCUGAAGAUCUUAGGAUUGGACAUUUGUGCCGAUACCAUGGUGGGAAAUAAUAUGCUGAGAGGUAUCUCUGGAGGGCAAAAGAAGAGAGUAACAACAGGUGAAAUGCUUGUUGGGCCAUCACGAGCACUCUUCAUGGAUGAGAUAUCCACAGGACUUGACAGCUCCACCACAUACCAAAUUGUGAACUCUCUUAGACAAUCUGUUCACAUUCUCGGUGGCACUGCUCUUAUAGCUUUGCUUCAGCCAGCUCCGGAGACCUAUGACCUCUUUGACGACAUAGUUCUCCUCUCAGAAGGGCAGAUUGUGUAUCAGGGUCCCCGUGAACAUAUCGUGGAGUUUUUUGAAUCUAUGGGCUUCAAAUGCCCCGAGAGGAAAGGUGUCGCUGACUUCUUGCAGGAAGUGACAUCAAGGAAAGAUCAACAACAAUAUUGGGCACGCAGAGACGAGCCGUACCGUUUUAUCCCAGUCAAGGAGUUUGCAGAUGCCUUCCAAUCAUUCCAUGUUGGCCGUAGAUUGGCAGAAGAACUCAGCACCCCUUUUGACAAGAGCAAGAACCACCCUGCCGCUUUAACAACUUCGAGAUUUGGCACCGGCAAGAGGGAGAUUUUCAAAGCAUGCUUGUCAAGAGAGUUUUUGUUGAUGAAAAGGAACUCGUUUGUUUACAUCUUCAAACUUUUCCAGCUUGUAUUGAUUGCAUUUAUUGCAAUGACGGUCUUCUUGCGAACAAAAAUGCACCAUGGAGAUGUUAAUGAUGGACUUAUCUUUCUCGGUGCAUUGUUUAUUGGUCUUAUCACUCAUCUUUUCAAUGGAUUUGCUGAGCUAGCAAUGAGCAUUGCAAAGCUUCCUGUUUUCUACAAGCAGAGAGAUCUUCUCUUCUUUCCAGCAUGGGCAUAUGCACUGCCUACAUGGCUCCUGAAGAUCCCAAUAUCUUUUAUUGAAUGUGGUGUCUAUGUUGCCUUAACUUACUAUGUUAUCGGCUUUGACCCGAGUGUCAAUAGAUUGUUUAGGCAAUUCUUCCUAUUUGCUUUGGUUAGUCAGAUGGCUUCUGGACUCUUCAGGGUUGUUGCUUCGGUCGGAAGAACAAUGAUUGUUGCAAACACAUAUGGUGCAUUUGUUCAGCUGGUCCUUAUUGUACUUGGCGGCUUCGUUAUAUCACGAAAGAACAUCAAAAAGUGGUGGAUCUGGGGUUACUGGGCAUCACCCUUGAUGUAUGCACAAAACUCCAUAGCAGUGAACGAGUUUCUGGGAAAGAAAUGGGAUCAUGUGGUCAAUGCCACAGCAAGUAACCAUACAUUGGGAGUCCAAAUCAUAGAGUCCCGUGGUUUGUUCGCAGAAGCGAAGUGGUAUUGGAUUGGUGUUGGUGCUUUGAUUGGAUAUAUCCUGGGCUUUAAUCUCCUCUACACAGCUUCUCUUACUUAUCUCAACCCCGUUGGAGAAAGCCAAGCAGUAAUGUCUGAGGAGACUUUGGAGGAAAAAGUUGCUAACAGAACAGGAGAAUCAUCAUCUCGUGGAAACAACAACGGAUCAGAAAGAGCAAGACGUGGAGCAGGGACCGAAAUAGAAACUGUUCAAGAGCAAAACAAGAAGAAAGGAAUGGUCCUCCCAUUUGCACCUCUUUCAAUAACUUUCGAUAACAUCAGAUACUCAGUGGACAUGCCGGCGGAAAUGAAAGCGCAAGGUGUUGCUGAGGACAGAUUGAUGCUAUUGAAAGGCGUAAGUGGUGCUUUCAGGCCCGGAGUUCUUACUGCACUGAUGGGAGUCAGUGGAGCUGGUAAGACUACUUUGAUGGAUGUCUUGGCUGGAAGGAAGACCGGUGGAUAUAUAGAGGGGGACAUUAGUAUUUCUGGUUAUCCAAAGAAUCAAGAAACAUUUGCUCGGAUAUCAGGAUAUUGUGAACAAAAUGACAUACACUCACCUCAUGUUACGGUUUAUGAGUCCCUCGUUUACUCUGCAUGGCUUCGGCUACCUUCUGAAGUUGAUCCUAAGACAGGAAAGAUGUUCAUUGAGGAGGUUAUGGAACUGGUUGAAUUGACUCCCCUGAAGGAUGCAUUAGUUGGAUUGCCUGGUGUGAGUGGAUUGUCAACUGAACAACGCAAGCGUCUAACAAUUGCCGUGGAGCUUGUUGCCAACCCUUCAAUUAUUUUCAUGGAUGAGCCAACCUCUGGACUUGAUGCUCGGGCAGCAGCCAUUGUGAUGAGAACAGUCAGGAACACAGUAGACACAGGAAGAACAGUUGUGUGCACAAUUCACCAACCUAGCAUCGACAUUUUUGAAGCGUUCGAUGAGCUCUUCCUCAUGAAACGAGGUGGAGAAGAGAUAUAUGUAGGACCACUCGGACACAACUCUUGUGAUCUAAUCAGUUAUUUUGAGUCCGUCAACGGAGUUAGCAAGAUUAAAGAUGGAUACAAUCCUGCAACAUGGAUGUUGGAGGUCACAACCAUGGCACAAGAAGAAAUGCUGGGAGUCAAUUUCACUGAAGUGUACAAAAACUCAGAUUUAUUCAGAAGGAACAAGGAUUUGAUUAGUGAAUUGAGCAAUCCUCCCCCUGGUUCAAAGGAUCUAUAUUUUCCCACAAAAUUUUCACAAUCCUUCUUCAUGCAAUGCAUCGCUUGCUUCUGGAAACAGUACAAAUCUUAUUGGCGCAACCCAUCAUACACUGCAAUCAGGAUGUUCUUCACAACAGUUAUUGCGUUUAUAUUUGGGACGAUCUUUUGGAGACUUGGAUCCAAGACGAGCAACAAGCAGGAUCUCUUCAAUGCCUUGGGUUCAAUAUAUUCUGCGGUUAUGUUCAUUGGAGUACAGAAUUCUCAGACUGUGCAGCCGAUUGUCGAUGUUGAGAGAACAGUGUUCUACCGAGAAAAGGCUGCAGGAAUGUACUCACCAAUACCAUACGCAUUUGCACAGGUCGCUAUUGAGAUUCCAUAUGCUCUCUUCCAGGCUGUACUCUAUUGUGUCCUUGUCUAUGCAAUGAUAGACUUUGACUGGACUGCAGCAAAAUUCUUAUGGUACACAUUCUUCACAUUCUGGACUUUCCUAUACUUCACCUACUAUGGGAUGAUGGCGGUUGCUCUUACCCCUAACUCGGACAUUGCUGCAAUCGUUGCCACCGCAUUCUAUGCUAUAUGGAAUCUCUUUGCGGGCUUCAUUAUUCCUAGACCUAGGAUACCAGUAUGGUGGAGAUGGUACUUCUGGGCAUGCCCAGUUUCUUGGACUUUAUAUGGUCUGUGCGUUUCACAAUAUGGAGACAUUACCACCAAUCUAGAUAACGGACAAACAGUGAAGGAAUUUCUUGAGAGUUAUUUCGGAUACAAGCACGAUUUCUUGGGUGAGGUUAGCGCUGCAGUCAUCGCAUUUUCAGUGCUCUUUGCCCUAGUGUUUGCAUUUGGAAUCAAAUUUUUGAACUUCCAAAGGCGUUGAGACUGUCAAUUUUCAUUGUUUUUUCUUUGGCCCUUUUUUGAGAAUUUUUUAUGUGGAGACCAAGAUUAUCAUUAUAGGUGUUUUACGUCUGUAAGGUAUUGUAAUUUUUGUAGCUUGACUUGAAUGGAGAAUUGUUUCACAUGUAUAGAUCGAUAUACAUUCUUCUUC